AUGGCGUCCGACGACAAGAAGGUGUAUACUAUUGGUAGCCGAAAAUCGCAGUUGGCUCUUGUGCAGACCCACAUUGUCCGUGAUACAUUGCAAAGUCUGUAUCCUGAAUAUGAAUUCAAAGUGGAAGCCAUGUCCACCACCGGCGACCGUAUCCUUGACGUUGCAUUGAGCAAAAUCGGUGAGAAGGCAUUGUUCACAAAGGAACUGGAAGUGGCAUUGGAAGACGGACGAGUGGAUUUCGUUGUUCACAGCUUGAAAGAUCUUCCUACCACCUUGCCUCCUGGCAUGUUUUUGGGCGCAGUCACCGAAAGAGAAGAUCCCAACGAUGCCCUCGUAUUAUCACCCAAGUGGAAAGGCUAUUCUUUGGCUAGCUUGCCUGUAGGAGCCGUCAUUGGUACAAGCAGUUUGCGUCGCGUAGCUCAGUUGAAACGUCGAUACCCGUCCUUGGUAUUCAAAGAUGUGCGUGGCAACUUAAAUACACGAUUAUCGAAAUUGGACGAUCCCAAUGGAGACUAUGCGGGUAUCAUCUUGGCAGUAGCAGGAUUGGUUCGAUUGGGUCACGCAGACCGCAUUUCUCAAAUUUUACCACCCAACGAUUCGUUGCACGCCGUCUCGCAGGGCGCUCUUGGCAUUGAAUGCCGUGAGAAUGAUAUGCACUGUCGCCGAUUGUUGGAGAAACUGAGCCACGAUGCCACACGUAUUCGAUGCGUCAGCGAACGAGCGCUCAUGCGUGCCCUUGAAGGCGGUUGCAGCGUUCCUAUUGGCGUAAACACAUUAUUAAAAGAGGACAGUUUAAGCCUCCGAGGUCUGGUUGCUAGCGUGGACGGUCAAACGGUGGUGGAACAUGAAGAAGCAAUAUCCUUUACCGAUGCCAAUGACGUGGAAGCCAAAGUGCAACUGGCUGAAAAGCUUGGAAAUACCGUAGCUCAAAAGCUGCUCGACAUGGGGGCCGGAGCUAUUCUCCAGGAAAUUCAUCAGAAAACAGCUUUAUAA